AUGACUACGCAGAUGGCAAAGCCGACCCUGCGAGUCUGCGUGACCUUGUUCGGUCGACAGGCCCCUCUAGCUACAGAUCGAGCUACUCGAAAACCCUGGCCCUCUCGGUUCGGCAGGUAUCCUGCAGUGUGGUCGACGAUCCCCAACGAGUCUCUCAAUAAAGGCAACAUCCGUCCGUUCAUCACGGAGGUCUCUAGUGAUAGUAAUAUCGACAACGUAGACGCCAUUGACGCCAUCUCCCCUAUGUUCUUUAUCCUGAGUCCUGACCUCUCCAAGCUGCUCAUUGCUCCCCCGCCCUCAAUUCUUGCCCUAACGGCUGAAUGCACAAGACGUCUUUUCACGAACGUAUCUAAUGGUCUCCAAGGCUCAACUGCAGUUUUGCUCAUCCUCAAACACCUCUUGACACUCCAUACUUGUCCUCUGCAAACCCUUAAAAUGCCUAAGCGCAAGCACGAAUCAUCUCCACCUCCACCCCCACCGCAUGGAGUCUCUCCGUCCCAAGGGACAUUUUGUUCAGCACCUAGCUUCACUGAGACUGAGGUCGAGAAGACCGAAGAUGGCUGGAAUUAUCUUCAAACUCGCGCACAUGAACGACUCAAUCGGAGGAGGAGACUCUAUCGCGCACGUCAUUCUCGAUGCGGAAUCGACGAGAUGCUUGUGACUACCUUUGAGAAUAUUCGCACUUGUCUUCUCCAACCGAUCAGAGCGUCUGGCGGAAAAACACCCACCCCUGUUGACUCACCGCUUCAAAAAAGACGCGAGAAUGCUCAAGCCAUAUAUGAAGUGAUUGAGGAGCUGCAAGUGCGAGAUUCGAAUUUCCGCAAAGGCUGUCUCGAACGUGAUAGAAAUCGUUGUGUGGUGACGAAAGCCAUAUCGUUCGACAAGGCGGAAGAAAUAGGGUCGGCGGAGGAUGUUCUACAGGGAGAUCUCGAAGCUGCGCAUAUCAUUCCCUGGUUGUUUGCAAGCUUCGACCCCAUGAAAGGUGCAAGCAUCAUAUCGAAUAUAUGGGAAACCCUCUACCGAUGUUUCCCUGAGAUGCGCACAAUCAUGCGAAGUUCCAGAAUUAACGAGAUUGAGAAUGGCCUCACGCUUCACCAUUCUAUCCACCGUGAAUUCAGUCGCUUCGGAUGUGCCUUCGAGCCGAUCGCCAACGCUCCGCAUACGUACAACUUCGUUACAUUCAAGCGCUUUCCCACCAAAAUGAACCCAUUCCUCCCCCACCAGGUCACUUUCGUAGAUGCAUCCCAGCCUGAGCCAGAGUCCGGUCUUCCACACCCGGUCUUGUUAGACUGUCACUAUCGACUUGCGAAAUUCUUCGACGCGAGUGGGAUGGGCGAGGUCAUUGACAGAACUCUUGAUCUUUUAAAGGAACUCAAGACUGGUUCAGUCUUAGCUCGUGAUGGUACUACUGAUCUGGGGUCUCUGCUUCGAUACGCGGUCUGGGAAUCUGUCACGGUUUAA